AGCUAAAUCAUUGAUCUAUAGCAGAAGCUCAUCCUCUAAUCUUUCUGCAUCAUCAUUCCAUCUCCCUUUAACCGUAUAAAGAUUCGAAAGGAGAAUGUGUGUUGCAGUGUCUUCUGGAUCAAAUUCACCACGCAAAGAAUAAUAUCCUUAAACCCUGCGUUGUUGUCUCUUUCCUUCAUUUGGUUCCACAUGAACUUACCUUGCUGAGAUGAUCCGCUGUGGCGACAGACUACUAAUAGAUAAUAAGUAUGUUACUGCACCGUUUAGGUAGGAUUUGUUCAGAGAAGCUCCGAGCCUUUUAUACUAUUCCAUGCUGACUAUAAGCUCCUAGCAUUGAGUUGCAACAUUUCAAAUCUGAAAGAGAAUACUGAUUCUGUAGCAUUGUAUUUACCGGUCACAUACCAGACAGCGUAUGGAAUCUUGUUUUCACGGCAAGAGAAUGGAACACUUCACAACCUUCUCUUAACGUUGUGACCCUGCCCCUACGACGGUAGAAGCUAUUUCGUUCAGUUGCACGUAACGUAGUAGACAAAACGCUGCGUUUUAAGAGUUAGGCCUCAAACGCUGCGUUUUAGUAAUAACGCUUACAAAAAAAAAGGCGUCCCGAGAACGAUGCUGGCAGUGAAGGGGUUUAGAGAUUCCGGUGAGAGAAAACAGUGGCGGGAGAAAAUGAUAGUUUCUCGCCUUCAUCUCUUGAUCGAUCGCUGUGUCCGCCGCCGCCACGCUGAAGGAGAAGUAAAUUUGCCGGCGGAGGCAAUGGAGAAGGAUAUGCUUCUUUCUCUAUCGCAGGUGUUGAGAGAGAUUCAAUCUUGCUUUGAUUCUGAUUCGGAAGAGGGAGAGGAAACUGCUGCUGCUUCUCCAGAAUCCAAAGAUCAUUUAUGCUUAGAAAGACUCGUGGCCCAUCUUGUUGGUUUGUUAGGUGCGAAGAAUGUGCAUGUUCAGCAUUUGGCUGGCAACAUUCUUGUGCAAGUAUCUGAGUCUCUCGUUGAAUCUGGAAGUCAAUGGGAUGAUUUCAUUCGCUUCCUUUGUGACUCUUUGCACCUAGCACUUGUCUACAGUUUCCCACUUCCUUCUCCAACUGGAUUUGAGGGUUCAAAUAUUGGUUCCGAUGUUCUUAAAUGUGAGAUGAAAAAGGCUGACUGGUGCACGGUGUCUGGUAUCUUUCGAGUUCUUCGUAAUAUACUGAAGCGCUUGAGCCAAGAAGAAAACGAAGACGUUAUUGACGUUUACUUGGAUUCUGUCAACUCUACACUUGCAAAGAUCCCUUGGUGCCGAGUGAACACUCAUGCUCACAAUGGAACUCUGGGAAGCAUUGGAAACAGUGAGGAAGGAACUGUAUUUCCUGGGAACUUUGUUCAGUUUCUCUCAACCGUGGUUCAGCAGGUUCGCUUUCCAGAAGAUUCUGAUGCUUUUGGAACUACACAUUUGAUACUCCAAAAAAUCACUGAGCUUGUUCCGGAUCUCCUCCGUUUGUGCCAGCCAAAGUUAGAAAGUCAAAGUGGCUCUUCCAUGUCAAGAUACCUAGUGCACAAGUUGCUGGUGUUGAUGAUCAGACUUACAUAUCAGUCCAAUAUAAAAUGUUCCAUCCUUCUUUCAUGGCUGCAAUAUUUGCAACACCAUUUUCAACGCUUUCUCCAACACACCCUAAAUAGGAAUAAGCCCGUCCAAGAUAAUUGUUUAGAAGGAUCUCCAUUUUUUGUUAGUUUGUCUGAUAGGGAUGUCAAUGAGACUCAUUCUAAUCAUUUGCAAAGACUAUCUGUGUUUCUGUUCCUACGGUGCUCACUCACUUUACUUUAUACAAGUAGACAUGCCGACAAAGACUGUGAGUUUGACUGUAGAAAGAAAGGGAUGGAAGGGGUGUUUAAAUGGAUUGAACAACAGGUUCCAGGUGAUACAUUUUCAAAUCACGGAACUUAUAGCAAGAAGAGUGUUGACUUCUCUACAUGCUUCAUCCAGCUGUUCAUGCAUGAGGAUGACCUGUUAUUCAAAGUUCUCCUGCAAUUGCUGUCCGUGCCGUUGGCUGGAGAGGAACUGCUUAAGGGGGAAGAGCGUUUGCUUCAAGAUAAGGAGAUUGGCGUCCGUUUAUCAACAUUGUUCAAUCCUGUGAUCCUCUUCUGGAUAUUUCUUUCAGAGCUGCAUUACGAUCAUCAAGUCCUUCUUGAUUACCUUAUAUCUAAAGACAUCGGGGCUAGCUGUGCAGAGUACCUGCUGAGAUGCUUGCGCACAGUAUGCGACUCUUGGACCUUGUUUGUGGAAUUCCCAUUUGAAGAAAAUAUAAAUGAUUCAACUUCGAAGAGAAGGAGAUUGCUGGUUGAGACUCCUGAGGUUGAACAAAACCAGAUACUACAUCCCCAGGCUUUCGAAAAUGCCAAAGAGUGUCUGCUUUCUUUACAAAACUCAAUUGUGAGGCUACAUCAGAAGAAACUAUUUCCAUACAACCCAGAAGCUCUUCUACGACGGUUAGUCUGUCAUGGGUACAAUAAACUCAUCACCCUAUGUACAUAAUCACCUAUUUGUGUUUUUGUUCUAUUUUGAGGCAGUUUGUCAAGGUUUCAAGAGCUCUGUCUACUCCACGAGUAAUAUUAUCUCGACCCAAAGGACUCAUGCAAUUGCGAUUUUGCUGAUAGAGAAGUAUUUAACUUCUCAAUUUGGUGUUUCUCAGUCUCAGCUUAGAUUCUAUUAGACAGAAGGAUCAGACUCAAAGAAGGGUUCUUUCCAGAUCAAGUUUCAAACUAACUGGCUCACAUGUAGAAUUGUAUGUAAAAAGACGAUCCUACAUUUCUUGGUUGUCGGUGGGAUAUAAAUCACAGAACAUUAUUUUCUUACUUCCACAAUCUAAACUGAAAGGUAUAAUAGGAUACGUUGGUCAAGCUUAGUUUGAAACUGCCCCAGGCAAUUACAGUAUGCAAAAUGUAAUGUAGAAUAUUAACAAUCACAAAUGUUUGACACUCUCUUACUCAUAUCAUCAUAAAUGUAAAGUGAAGCGUGAGUAAACAUACACUCACUCCCGAGCUAGCUUUUUCCUCCCAA